ACAUGGCAGCUGUUGACUGUGAUAUGCCGAUGGACCCGGAUCCGCAAAUAUUAAGCGAGGAAGAUAUGGAGAGGGAGGCCGAAGGCUACAAGGAGCAGGGGAAUGCAUACUAUAUUAAAAAGGAAUACUCAGAAGCUUUCAACUACUACACAAAGGCCAUUGAUGCCUGUCCUAAGAAUGCCAGUUACUAUGGUAACCGGGCAGCCACCUUAAUGAUGCUGAGUCGCUUCAGAGAGGCGCUGGAAGACUCCCAGCAGGCUGUGCGUCUGGAUGACUGCUUCAUGAAGGGUCAUUUGCGAGAGGGGAAGUGCCAUCUGUCACUAGGCAAUGCCAUGGCUGCUAGUCGCUGCUUUCAGAAGGUUCUAGAGCUAGAACCCACCAAUAGUCAAGCCUUACAGGAGCAUAAGAAUGCAGCGGCUUUGCUGGAGUUUGAGAGAAUGGCGGAGCUUAGCUUUGAGAAAAGGGAUUUCAGAAAGGUGGUGUACUGCAUGGACCGGGCCCUGGAGUUUGCUCCAGCCUGUCACAAGUUUAAGAUCAUGAAGUCUGAGUGUCUCGCGCUGCUAGGCCGGUACCCAGAAGCUCAGUCUGUGGCCAGUGAUAUCCUGCGGAUGGACUCCACCAACGCUGACGCGCUGUACGUGCGGGCUCUGUGUCUGUAUUAUGAGGACUGUAUCGAUAAGGCCGUGCAGUUUUUCAUUCAGGCGCUGCGUAUGGCUCCUGACCAUGAGAAAGCCCGUUUAGCCUGCAGAAAUGCAAAAGCACUCAAGGCGAAGAAAGAGGAGGGGAACGCGGCCUUUAAAGAGCGCGAUUACGAUGCGGCUUACCGCUUGUACUCGGAGGCUCUGACAAUAGACCCCAAUAACAUCAAAACCAAUGCCAAACUCUUCUGCAACAGAGCCACUGCAGGGGCCAAGCUGAAUAAGCUGGAGCAGGCGAUCAAUGACUGCAGCAGUGCCAUAAAGCUGGAUGAGACCUAUAUCAAAGCCUACCUGAGGAGAGCUCAAUGCUACAUGGACAUGGAGCAGUAUGAAGAAGCUGUGCGAGACUAUGAGAAGGUCUACCAGACAGAGAAAACUAAAGAGCAUAAGCAGCUGCUGAAGAAUGCUCAGCUAGAGUUGAAGAAAAGUAAAAGGAAAGAUUACUAUAAGGUCCUCGGUGUCAGCAAAAAUGCUACCGAGGACGAGAUCAAGAAGGCAUAUCGUAAACGGGCUCUCAUGCACCAUCCAGACCGGCACAGUGGGGCGAGUGCAGAGGUGCAGAAGGAGGAGGAGAAGAAGUUUAAGGAGGUUGGCGAGGCCUUCACGGUGCUGUCUGACCCAAAGAAGAAGUCACGCUAUGACAGCGGUCACGACUUGGAGGAUGACGGCAUGAACAUGGGUGACUUUGAUGCCAACAACAUCUUUAAGGCCUUCUUCGGAGGACCUGGAGGCUUCAGUUUUGAAACAAACCAGUCCUCUGGACCUGGAAACUUCUUUUUCCAGUUUGGUUAAAGUGAAGAUUACUAGUUCCCAUCUCAUUCCCGAUGGAAUCAUGAACUUCGUAUCAGUCCUCCUUCGCCCCCUUCCCAGUUUACUUAACACCAACAACUCAACACAGCAAUGGAAAAUCACUUUAAUCGACAAGCCAGAAAUAUCUCUUGCUUUUCCAGCUUAAGAAAUGAGGAGAGACAAGCCAUCAUGUUUUCCCUCAGAUGGUCCCCCCGAACCUGUUUUCGACUAAACGACAUAGCCUCAAAUCAGCUAUUCACGCAGUAACAAAGUCUGAAUACUUUUUUUAGAAAAAUAAAUUUAAAAAAUUGAAUUUAAACACAGAUCAGUAAAGAAUACUUUAAGAAAUUGAGGAUUUGGAAACUGAACUCCUGAUGGUAUUUUAACACAUACAGUGAGUUACGUAUUCAUACUCUAUGAACAAUUCCACAAAAAGUUCGACCCUGUGAGAAGGACAAGAUGUUUGUUAGGCAGAGGUUUGUCAGAUUUUCUGUAGUGUGAAAACGACCAGCUAAGGACCACCUCAAACUCUGUACCUAUGAAGUUAUAUAUUUCUUACUUAUGUGGCAUUGAAUUAGUUAGUAAUCAUGACUGAAGAGCCAAACAUCAUUCUAACCACCAAACCUCUUUUUACUCAGGGCGACUGUGGGUACAUUGUUCCUUUCAGAUUACGAUCUAGAUUAGAUUAUGAGGUACCAACAGGUAAAAUACUUGUAAUGAUAACAUUGAUUAGCACCAGCUGUUUGUUAUAGUACCUGGCGAAAACCCUACUGUAAAAGAAUAUAAUGGAUACACAUGAACCAAGGGGAAGAUCAAAGACUUGUUGAGCUCUCUUUAUCUUGGUUGUAUGUAUUUUGUAUGCCAAGUUAUAGUUUUACUGUAGUAUCACACUUAAUUCUAGAACAUGUCCAACAGUCAAGGUUUCAUUUUCAUCUUUCCAGUUUUACUAAACCUGUCGGUAAUUGUGGUAAUUGCUUCUGAUCCUACGUCCUCAUGAGGGAUCCAGUUCGGUGUCCAUCAGCUCAUAUUGAGUAGAUCAUAUUGACUGAAGGAUUGGUUUGAAUGUCACAUCAUAGAAUGAAUAUCACAGCGUAGAGUGCCACUGUCAGAGCUGUUGUGUGAGAGAGUGUUCAUUAUAGUUUCCUCAUCAGGAAGAGAUGUGAAAGUUUAGGCAGAUACGUCAUAGUUGACAUAAUGACAUUCAAAUACACUGACAGUCCAUGGGACCUGUUUUGUUGCUCCUGUAAUUCUCAUUGCUUUUUUUUUCUCCUUUUUACUGGAAUGAUUAUUGUUAUGUGUUAAUAGUUGAUUUUUUUUGUUCUUGUUUUUAGUUGGUGUCAUAUUUCUAUUUAUUUUUUAUUCAGAAUGUUAAACAGCAGCUAGAUAAUGUUGAAGAUCAUCUUCAAUUUAUUAACAUUUUUUGACAAUGCAGAGAAUAUGUCAAGUAAAAAUAUAUCAACUAUGCUUUCGUUAAUGUACCAGAAGAAACCAAUAUUAUUAAAUGCACAGUUUGCCUCAGUGUUUUUCCACAUGCAACUUUUUUACUUUUUUAAAUCAAACAAGCUUCAAGUAGACAGUUAAAUCUCAUGUCUGUUCCCAGACCAGGAGGUGUUACAGUGCUUGACAUGCACUCGUGUUUGUUUUGUUCAGAACUCAAGGUCUUAUUUUACAAUAAACUCUAAAAUCAUAAUCCCAGU